AUGGAUCCACCAACGAGUAAGGGAAGGCUCCCACUAACAAACGUUUCGAACACUGUUAACCCACGACCCUGUAAAUCCAAUGUAAUGUGUGAUGAGCUGAUGGAAGAACAGAGUAAAAGUAUGGCUCGUGAGAACGAUGAGACUUUCUUCAUGUUUCGGAAAGAUCCGCACAAGACAACGGUUAGAUACGGCAAUCUGUUCGAUUUGCUGUCAGACGAAGUUAUACUGCACAUAUUGAAAUGGCUCCCGAAAAAGACACUGAUUACCUGUAGCCAGGUGAACCGUCGGCUCAACCGAGUGUCCAAGGAUGAAACACUUUGGUACCGGGUGGAUCUCAGCAAUCGAACGCUACAGUUCCAGGGUUUGGUUGAGGUGCUGAGUCGUGGCGUGAUUGUGCUGCGUCUGGCACAAACGUCCAUCGUUAACCCUGUGCUGGGCCCUUUCCUAGACCACCCCACAAAAAUAAAGGUGCAGUAUUUGGAUCUUAGCAUGUGCACUAUCAGCAAACCGAUACUGCAUGCGGUGCUCUCAAAAUGCCGGGAGUUGGUUAAGCUAAGCCUGGAGAACGUUCCGCUGGAUGAUGCGAUUUGCUUGGAAAUAUCCAAGAAUCAAGGGCUGGAAACACUGAAUCUUACCAUGUGUUCAGGCAUUGAUGCGCGCGGGAUACAAUUUAUUGCCAAAUCGUUAACCAAACUUCACAGUUUCAAUGUGAGUUGGACGAACUUGAGCGUCGGAGGAGUUCGUUACCUGGUGCAAAACCUAACACCACAAAUCGUGCAUCUAAAUUUAGCGGGAUGCAGAAGUACCAUGACUGAUGGAGAUGUGGCAAUUUUAACGACACGCUGCCCAAAAUUGGUAGCUCUGGAUUUAUCCGACUGUACGCUUUUAACGGAAGCGGUUAUCAAAACACUAUGCAAAGCUCGUAAGAUAGAGUAUCUCUCGUUGUCGCGUUGUUACAACAUCCAUGCAACAGCCUAUUUGAAUCUACGCACCCUUAAAACACUAAGGUUUUUGGAUCUCUUCGGUCUAGUGUCCGACCAAGCUAUUGAGACGCUUAGACACUCGUUGACUGAUGUUGGUAUCAAUAAGUAUUAUCACAGUUCCGUUGCACGGCCAACUGUUGGCACGAAGAGGACCUCUAUCUGGGGCCUCCGAACGCGUGAUUAAUUUGAAAUGUG